AAUUCAGUAUCAUUUAUAAAAGUCUUUGUUUGUCAAAUAUUGAUUUUUAAUUUUUGUUAAUUAACUUUUAUUCUAUAUAUAAAUACUGUAACUAAGUGGCAAAGAACUGGUACAAUUUUUUCGAUUAACUAUUCCAGCUUCAUACAGUCGCUUCUGGUCAUCGGCUGGUCAUACCUAAAUCAGCUGGUGGUUGUUGAAAUUCUUUUUUGAUCUGCUAUUGUUACGAAGAUGAAUGAUGAGAGUACAACAUACACAGUGGAUGAAGCACUUGUUGCCCUUGGCUUUGGGAAUUUCCAAGUCCUUGUGCUUAUCUAUGCAGGGAUGGGUUGGAUUUCUGAAGCUAUGGAAAUGAUGCUUCUCUCUUUUGUUGGACCAGCUGUGCAAUCAGCCUGGGGUCUUUCUACUCAUGAAGAGAGCUUACUGACUAGUGUGGUUUUUGCUGGCAUGCUGGUUGGAGCCUACUUGUGGGGUAGCAUUUCAGACAAGUAUGGAAGGAGGAGAGGGUUUCUUAUGACAGCAGUAUUUACUGCAACAGCUGGCUUUCUAAGUGCUUUUUCAUCAAAUUUUCCUUUGCUGAUUAUCCUCCGAUGUUUAGUUGGUAUUGGUUUAGGAGGGGGGCCUGUUCUCUCUGCUUGGUUUUUGGAGUUUAUUCCUGCUCCUCAGCGAGGCACUUGGAUGGUAGUAUUUUCAGGUUUCUGGACUGUUGGUACAAUUCUUGAGGCUUCACUUGCUUGGGCUGUCAUGCCAAGGUUGGGUUGGAGGUGGCUACUUGGAUUUUCAGCUCUCCCCUCUUCUUUGCUUCUUUUGUUUUAUGGUGCAACACUUGAGUCACCUCGAUAUUUAUGCAUGAAAGGAAGAAAAACAGAGGCACUUGUUGUUUUGGAGAAAAUUGCGAGAAUGAAUGGUAAAAAGCUUCCUUGUGGUAUUCUUGUCUCUGAUAACCAAAUUGAGCUAGAUGAACAUUUGUCUGUAUCAGAAGAUAAAGAGUUGCUAUCCCCAAGUGCUAGUGGAGAUGUGACACCCGGACAAGUGGAAUCUAGUCAAGGGGCAGUCUCACCACUAGCUACUCUCCUUUCACCAGAGUUAGCUAAGUCAACCAUUCUUUUAUGGGUGGUCUUCUUUGGAAAUGCAUUUUCGUACUAUGGCCUUGUUUUACUGACCACAGAGUUAAGCGGUGGACAAAAUAAAUGCCUACCAGCUGAUUUGCAACUCAAAAAGUCUCAUGAUGUUAGCUACAGAGAUGUCUUCAUAACUAGCUUCGCAGAAUUCCCAGGUCUUAUUCUUUCUGCAGCAACAAUUGACAAAAUUGGUCGUAAGCUCUCAAUGUUUAUUAUGUUCUGCCUUUGUUGCAUCUUCCUUAUCCCUCUUCUGUAUCAUCAACCUCAAGUAUUAACAACAGGCCUCCUAUUUGGAGCUCGCACGUGUAUUACAGCAACCUUCACGAUUGUCUAUAUUUAUGCUCCAGAGAUAUAUCCUACAUCCGUGAGGACCACUGGUGUUGGUAUCGCGAGCUCGGUUGGAAGGAUUGGAGGAAUGAUAUGCCCCCUCGUGGCAGUAGGUCUGAUGCAUGCAUGCCAUCGAUUUCUAGCCAUUAUUCUAUUUGAGAGUAUUCUGCUGUUAUCAGGUGUGUGUGUGUUUCUUUUCCCAUUUGAAACAAAGGGCCGUCAAUUGAGUGAUAUUGUACCUUGAUUAAAGCUGCACAACACAUCUAUUUGAAUUGAUCAAUCAUUUACAGCUCGCUCUAAACUUGGUACUGUCGGAUCACAUGAAGUCUCCUAAAGUUCCAAAAAAUCUGGUGACUGCACGUUCUUGGUUAUUAUGCUUUCUCUAAUGUCUAAUACUCACGUUAAAAUAAUAAACUAUUCCAAAUUGCUUGUGAAAAGAAGGGGGAACAAACGAACAAUUUUGGAAAACAGUCAUCUGAAUUAGGACAGGAAGCAGUAAUGGAAACCACAACUCGCAUGAAUACUUUUCAUUCCCCAAAUAAGUCUUUAUUUGGUUCUCUGAAUAACAAUCCACUGCUUUCAAAUUAUUUUUGGACAUUUGAUAAAAAGAAGAGGAAGUAGUG